AAUACAAUCCUGCACAUUGACUUCUUACACCCCUCUCUCUCGCUCGCUCGUUAGUCUUAUAUAUUUUUUCAGUGCUCUUGUUGCCUUGUACUCUCUCCCCUUUCUCUCCUUGCUUUCUGUGCCCCUGAAAGGCCGUGUUUCUGUGUCAUCUAGCUAGAUACCACAGAGCAAGCAGCCUGCUCAGGCAGCUAGGAAAUUAACAAAACGUUGAGAGCAGUGAGAUUUGGUAGCUAGGUGUUGCUUUUGGCUUCGUUUGGGCACAUCGUCUUGUUGAGACCUCAUGGGGAGGGCUCCGUGCUGCGACAAGAACAAUGUGAAGAAAGGGCCGUGGUCUCCCGAGGAGGAUGCCAAGCUCAAGGAGUUCAUCGAGAAGCAUGGCACCGGUGGCAAUUGGAUUGCUCUCCCUCAGAAAGCAGGUUUGAGGAGAUGUGGCAAGAGCUGCAGGCUUAGAUGGCUAAACUACCUGAGGCCCAACAUUAAGCAUGGGGAGUUCACUGAGCACGAAGAUAGGGUUAUCUGCAGCAUGUAUGCCAGUAUAGGAAGCAGGUGGUCGAUCAUCGCGUCCCAGCUCCCCGGCCGGACCGACAAUGACAUCAAGAACUACUGGAACACCAAGCUGAAGAAGAAGCUCCUGAGCAGCUCCGCCGCUGCACCCCUACACCGCGCGCCGCGGCAGCACCACCGCCCCCUCAAUCUCAUGCUCCAACACUCGUCACCCUCCUUACCCCAACACACCUACAGCGGCUUCUUCCCCGGCGCCGCCUCUCUCCACGACUCCAUCAUCCCUGCAUUAACACUGCCACCAUCCCAUAACCAUAACUACAUGCUAAGCUCCGGCCAUGCCAUUCCAAAUGCCUCUUCACUGCUGCACGCACAAAGCGCAACACAACAGCAGCUUCACCACCAUGUGGUGAAGGAGGAGAGCGGCAGCAUGAUCGUGUUUGGUAGCGACCAGCAGAGCUGCAGCUCGUCGGACGGCGGUGCGUACAGCCAGUCGCAGUUCGGCCAUGGCAAGGAGCUGAGCUUCGAGGGCUACUACGGCUACAACAAUGGCAGUGUCGAGCAUGACCACAGGUUGCUUCAGCUUCAAGAUCAUUACCAGGCUCAGGUACCAGUCGACUACAACUACGAGGAGAUCAGGCAGCUGCUCAUGAGCUCAACCGACGGUAAUUUGCAUGGCGGCCACGGCCAGGACGGCGGCAUGGAAGGGUUCGACUCGCAAGGAAAGGUAACGAUGAUGUAAAUUAAUUGAGAGACAAGGAAAGGUGAUUGAUCAAGGUGCGUGUUUUACUGCUGUGAUUUUUUUUAUCGUGUAGUACUAGUGUUCGUGUGUGUAUCCUGUGUCAUGGCUGCAUACACGGGCAAGCGUAGCGCAUGUUACAGCAGCCUGUGUAUGUGACCGUGACAUAGGAUCGAGAUUCUCUGUCGCCUCACCUACUAUUGUUGUACUUCUCUCUUUUUCUCACCAGAGGUAUAGUGUCAUGAUCUACUGUGGAAACUGACUCUGUUUGGAGUCUUUGGGCAGGGCACUAUGGUGUACCUUCUCUUGGUUUGGUAAUACCGAUGUGUCUAAUCUUGUCUACACCUAGCUUUCUCUGUCUCA